UGACACUGUAAAUGAGCAGAGUCUAUCGAAGAAGCGCCGUGGGUGGGUUUAGACACACAGUUUGCCUGAGAGAUUUGGUGUAUUGGGCGAUUGUUAUUGGGGGUUUUUUUUCGGUAAUUUUUGUAUGACUGAUUGUUAUAAAAAUGAGUCGAAGCUACAACGAUGAAUUACAGUACCUGGACAAGAUCGAUCAAAAUUGCUGGCGCAUUCGGAAGGGGUUUGUUCCCAAUAUGAAGGUGGAAGGGGUUUUCUACGUGAACGAUUCUCUCGAGAAGUUAAUGUUUGAGGAGCUGCGUAAUGCCAGCCGAGGUGGAGGUUUUGGUGGAUUCCUUCCGGCUAUGAAACAGAUUGGGAACGUGGCGGCUCUCCCGGGAAUAGUGCACAAAUCCAUUGGUCUCCCUGAUGUCCACUCCGGUUACGGUUUUGCCAUAGGAAACAUGGCCGCUUUUGACAUGAGCGAUCCCACUGCAGUUGUCUCACCGGGUGGUGUGGGAUUCGACAUCAACUGUGGUGUUCGCCUGCUGCGCACCAACUUGGACGAGGGCGAUGUGCAGCCGGUGAAGGAGCAGCUGGCUCAGGCCCUGUUCGACCACAUUCCUGUGGGUGUAGGCUCCAAGGGUGUCAUCCCAAUGGGUGCCAAGGACCUGGAGGAGGCGCUGGAAAUGGGGGUGGACUGGUCCCUGCGGGAGGGCUAUGCCUGGGCGGAGGACAAGGAGCAUUGUGAAGAGUAUGGCCGCAUGCUGCAGGCUGACCCCAAUAAGGUCUCCUCCAAAGCUAAGAAGAGGGGGCUUCCGCAGCUGGGGACGUUAGGUGCGGGGAACCACUAUGCUGAAAUACAAGUGGUGGAUGAAAUCUACAAUGACUAUGCUGCCAAGAAGAUGGGCAUCGACCAUAAGGGGCAGAUCUGUGUGAUGAUCCACAGUGGCAGCCGUGGCCUGGGGCACCAGGUAGCCACAGAUGCUCUGGUUGCCAUGGAGAAGGCCAUGAAGAGGGAUAAUAUCGUAGUCAAUGACAGACAGUUGGCAUGUGCUCACAUCGGGUCCCCAGAGGGUCAGGACUACCUGAAGGGAAUGGCGGCCGCUGGCAAUUAUGCCUGGGUCAACCGCUCCUCCAUGACCUUCCUGACCAGACAGGCCUUCUCCAAGGUGUUCGGCACCACUCCUGAUGACCUGGACAUGCAUGUCAUCUAUGACGUGUCACACAACAUUGCCAAGGUGGAGGAGCACAUGGUGGACGGCAAGCAGAAGACCCUGCUGGUGCAUCGCAAAGGCUCCACCCGCGCCUUCCCCCCACACCAUCCACUCAUCCCCGUCGACUACCAGCUGACCGGACAGCCCGUGCUGAUCGGCGGAACCAUGGGCACCUGCAGCUACGUCCUGACAGGCACCGAGCAGGGAAUGACGGAAACGUUCGGCACCACCUGCCACGGCGCUGGUCGCGCUCUGUCUCGGGCCAAGUCACGCCGCAACUUGGACUUCCAGGAUGUGCUGGACCAGCUGGCUGACAAGGGCAUCGCUAUUAGGGUUGCCUCACCCAAACUGGUGAUGGAGGAGGCCCCUGAAUCAUACAAGAAUGUGACCGAUGUGGUCAACACGUGCCACAAUGCUGGUAUCAGCAAGAAGGCCAUCAAGCUGAGGCCCAUCGCGGUGAUUAAAGGAUAAAGGUUGUGCCCCCGCUACGAUCAGGGCAGGCACCCAAUCCAGAGAGGGCUCCGUGCAUGAGCUAGCGGCCGCUACAGGCCAGGAAUGACAGGGACAGCAGGGUUCCCAUCCGGGAUCGGUUUGUGAUCUAGUAAGCCGAGCUGAGCACUUUGAUUUAAAUGCACAUAUUUACUUGGUUUGAACUAAGUUAGCAGAAUAUGAGGAAAUCCUUGGUUUUCUUAAAAAAAGCUGUAUAUAGACAGAUACCGAAUUGACUUUCAUUUUGUGAUGGCAGAUUAAGGAAAAAAAUAAACAUGGAGAAUUGGUGACAA